AUGGCGUCUGCACUUAAGGAAUCCGUCCCGAGGGACAAGUGGUGGGAAUGGAGGUGGUUUUCUCCCGACGACACAAAGGAAGAGAGGCGCCUGAUCACCAAGAUUGACCUCCUCUUGGUGCCCUACUCCGUCCUCGGGUAUUGGGUCAAAUAUGUCGACCAAUCGAACUUGAACAACGCCUACGUCGCCGGCCUGAAGGAGGAUCUCGGCUUCUACGGCAACGAACUCGUCCAGCUCCAGACUCUGUUCACUCUGGGAUCGGUGCUUGGCCAGAUCCCCUUUCUGUGA